UUUCUUAACAUGUGUAAAUAUUUGUAUUAACAUAAAAACUUUCAACAACUAAGACAUAAACUGAACAAGUUUCACAGACAUUUGAUGAACAGAAAUGGAAUGAUGAGUCCCUGAACAAGGUGUGUGUGUGUGUGUGUGUGUGUGUGUGUGUGUGUGUGUGUGUGUGUGUGAGUGAGUGAGAGAGAGAGAGAGAGAGAGAGAGAGAGUGAUUCAAACACGGGACAGAAAACUUUUCUCUGCUCACUUUUCCUCUGCUCACUCUCUAUUUAUAUCUUACAGUCUUCCUUUCUGUGUGUGUGUGUGUGUGUGUGUGUGUGUGUGUGUGUGUGUGUGUGUGUGUGUGUGUGUGUUUGUGUGUGUGUGUGUUAUAUAAUGGCUGAAUUAGUGAAUGUGAAAAAAACACUCCUGCACUCUUCCAUCUGUAGGCUGAAGCGGAUGGUGCAGCAGUUGGAGGUCAGUGAUGUGGACUUUGAGGAGCUGAAGAGGAACCUGGAGUUCACCGCCUCAUUACUGGAGGCACUUUACACCGACGGAACACAGCCUUCCCUUGAUGCCGAUGAUGACCUGCAGCUUCGCUCUGAUGUCGUUCCUGUGGAGGUUCGUGAUUGGCUCGCGUCCACAUUUACUCAGAGAGUCCAGCCAAUCAGAAGGCGGCCAGAGGAGAAGCCAAGAUUCCGCAGCAUCGUUCAUGCAGUGCAGGCUGGGAUAUUCGUGGAGCGGAUGUUCCGUAAAGCAUACUCAGCUGCGAUGCCGGAUCAACCUGCUGAUGUGCAAAACUGUUUAAGGGAUUUGGACAGGUGGAGUUUUGAUGUGUUUGCUCUGGAUGCUCUCAGUUCAGGCCAUUCACUAAAAACACUCUUCAUCGAACUGAUCAUCAAACACCAACUGAACAGCAGAUUUAAGGUGCCGAUUUCAUGUUUGAUGUCAUUCCUGUGUGAGUUGGAACGUGGUUACAGCAAACAUACAAAUGCGUAUCACAAUCACACACACGCCGCCGACAUCACACACACAGUGCACUGUCUACUGCUGCGCACCGGAGUACUGUACUGGUUGACAGAGUUGGAGGUGUUGGCGUGUCUGUUUGCGGCGGCCAUUCAUGAUUAUGAACACACAGGAAACACCAACACCUUCCACGUAUACAUACGGUCUGAAUUGGCGAUGAUAUAUAACGAUCGCUCAGUGCAGGAGAGUCACCACGUCAGUGCUGCAUUCCGCCUCCUGCAGGAGGAAAACACAAACAUCUUCAUGAACCUGACACGCCCCGAAUGGCUUGAGCUCCGGUCUCUGGUGAUAGAGAUGGUGUUGGGAACAGACAUGUCCUCUCACGUUCUGCAGGUUAAAGCCAUGAGGACGUGUUUACAGCAGCAUGACAGCAUUGAUAAACCGAAGGCGUUGUCUCUGAUUCUGCAUGCGGCUGAUAUCAGUCACCCUGCUAAAUCCUGGAGUUUACACUCACGCUGGACCCCCAGACUGAUGGAGGAGUUUUUCACACAAGGAGAUAAAGAAGCUGAACUGGGUUUGGCUAUCUCACCCCUGUGUGACAGACAGAACACACCUGUCGCUCAGUCACAGAUCGCUUUUAUAGAGUUCAUCGUGGAGCCGACGUUUUCAUUAAUCAGCGACAUGUCGGAGAAAAUCAUCAUCCCUCUGAUACAGGACACAACUGAUCCAUCUCCAACCUGCAGCAGAUACCGGGGUCUACAGUGGACUGUGGGGGACCUCGUUAGCUUCAGAUCCAUGUGGAUGAGACACACUGAGGAGAACAAGAGCAGGUGGAGGGAUAAAAUAAAGAACGGUGUGUCUGAUUUCAGAGAUGAAUCUGAAACACAGACAGGACAAGAAACUGCAUGAAAAGAGCAUUUUCCUAUUAAAAGAGUGCAGAAAGGAAGGAGAGGAAAAGGAGGAGGAGAGAUGAGGAAAAAGAAGAGGAGGAGAGAUGAGGAAGAGGAGGAGGAGAGAUGAGGAGGAAGAGGAGGAGGAGAGAUGAUGAGGAAGAGGAGGAGGAGAGAUGAGGAGGAAGAGGAGGAGGAGAGAUGAGGAAGAGGAGGAGGAGAGAUGAGGAAGAGGAGGAGGAGAGAUGAGGAAGAGGAGGAGGAGAGAUGAGGAGGAAGAGGAGGAGGAGAGAUGAGGAGGAAGAAGAGGAGGAGAGAUGAUGAGGAAGAGGAGGAGGAGAGAUGAGGAGGAAGAAGAGGAGGAGAGAUGAGGAGGAAGAGGAGGAGGAGAGAUGAGGAAGAGGAGGAGGAGAGAUGAGGAGGAAGAGGAGGAGGAGAGAUGAGGAGGAAGAGGAGGAGGAGAGAUGAGGAAGAGGAGGAGAGAUGAGGAAGAAGCUGAUCUGUGGUGCUGCAGCUGUAAUGCAGAAUUAAUUCUACACAUUUCUGAGUUUAUUAUUUUUAAUACACACCUUUAUAACACUGCCAUGUACAAUCACAUUACACACACACACACACACACACACACACACACACGGUUACGUGUUAAUGGGGAUGUCAGAGAUGUCAGAGUUCAAUAAUAAAGUAAAAAUAAGUGUGUAUAGUUGUUAAUGUGAUGAAGUCAUGUGCAGUGUCGGAGAGGAGUUUAUUAUCAUUUCUACCUUAAUUCAUUAUUUUAGUAGAAUAGCAGAAGAUCACAUUCUUUUCUUUUUUUUU